AGAAGUUGCAGUGUCGCGGGGGUCGUGAAUGUGUUAGGGCAAAAUUGUCGUCUAUGUCCCGCGGGGCCAAAAUUGGUGCCAACAACGGGGACAGAUGGCUGCAUCUGCUUCUAUUGGUCACCCUCUGUGCAGUGUGCAAGGCCGACGUCGUUUCCACGUCAACUGGGCCUGUUCGAGGUUUCCAACAGCGUGUGAUGAACCGUACCAUAUACUCUUUCUUGGGUAUCCCCUACGCCGAGCCCCCUGUGGGACGCUUGCGAUUCAGGAGACCUAUAGUGGUCAGACCUUGGAGCCAGGUGAAGGAAUGCAUGGAACUACCGCCGCGAUGCAUGCAAGGCCGGUUGGUGAGCAGCGAGGACUGUCUCUACCUCAACAUCUGGACACCGUCUCUCGAUCCCCGCAGUGAGCUCAAUGUGAUGGUGUACUUUCACGGAGGAAUCUUCCUCUACGAACGACCUCUCAUACAAAGAGACCUGAGGUACAUGGCAGCCAUGGGGAACGCAGUGCUAGUUAAGAUGAAUUAUCGUCUGGGUGCAUUCGGCUUUCUUAACCUUAACGACGAAGAAGUGAGAGGCAACAUGGGAAUCUACGACCAGUACCUUGCCCUACGUUGGGUGAAAGAAAACAUCCACCUGUUCGGAGGAGACGCGAAAAGUAUCACUGCAUUCGGGAACAGUGCUGGUGCAAUGUCUAUUGGACUCCUAGUGACGUCCCCGCUUGGAGCACCGCUUAUUCACCGUGCCGUUAUGCAGAGUGGCAGCCCUUGCGUCUCUGUCAUCUCUCUGGACAACAACAGUAUUUCCACAGCCAAUAUAUUCGCACGUGAGGCUGGCUGUGCCGACGACGACAUGACAGUGGAGACGCGACCCAAGCAGAUUCUUGCCUGUCUGCGCAGAGUUGGGCCACAGAAGCUCCUGAUGAUCCAGCAUGACCUGCUGCAGAAGCUUCAAGUUUUCUUCCCAGUGUUUGGCGACGAAAUGCUUCCUCUGAAUGUGCUCGAGGCCCUGAAACAAGGACGCUUUCGGCGCGACCUCAGUGUCAUGUUGGGAGUCACCCGCGACGAGGGCACCACCAUCCUCAACACGGUGAGCCCACAAUUCUUUCGCCGCGACAGCCACCGUCGCGUUACCAAGUCGCAGCUUUUUUCCACCUGCAACCAAACAUUCUUGCACAGCUUCAGCAAGUCCUCUCUCCGCAAGAUAUACUGGAGCUACCUAGGACUCUUAGGCCACACCGACUACCGGACACUACGCACCGCCAUUGCAAAUUGCAUCGCAGACUACUUCAUGGUAUGCCCCGCUCAUCAGUUUGCCGAAGGAGUCCAAAAACACGGUGGGCAAGUAUAUUUCUACAAAUUCGACUACCGCACCAAGAAUGCAGUGCAGCCACCAUGGAUGGGAGUCAUCCACACGGCAGAGCUCUUCUACUUGUUUGGGGAGCCUUUCUCGUCGUCGUGGUACACGGACAGGGAGAAAGAAUUCAGCAGGACCAUAGUGAAUAUAUGGACAACAUUCGCAAAGACUGGGCGCCCUCCAGAGGAGUUUCAUUGGCCGCCUUACGAGUGGAACAGACCGCGGUAUCUGAAACUCAGUCCUAACAACUUCCGACCAGCACAUGGCCCUCGUGAGGAAUGGUGCAAGUUGUGGAAGCAGCAUCUUAACUAAAAACGAAUUGUCUGGAAUAAAACCUUCCACUCCCA